GCUUGAAAGGUGGCAGCGAGCUUCGGACACCUCAGCCGGACGGCGGCCCGGGACCAGAGCGGAGCCCGCCAUGGCCCAGCUCCUGCGGGCAUCCUGCCUUCUGUCCCUGCUCCUGGCGGGCUGCGUCCCGCCGAGCCGGGGACAAGAGCAGUCCAAGACGGACUGCCAUGGUGGCGUGGGUGGCACCAUCUACGAUUAUGGGGCCCUCACCAUCGACGGCGAGGAGUACAUUCCUUUCAAGCAGUACAGUGGCAAGUACAUCCUCUUCGUCAACGUGGCCAGCUACUGAGGCCUCACAGACCAGUACAUAGAGCUGAAUGCACUACAAGAAGAGUUCGCACCAUUUGGUCUGGUCAUUCUAGGCUUCCCCUGCAACCAGUUCGGCAAACAGGAGCCAGGAGAGAACUCGGAGAUCCUGCCUAGUCUCAAGUAUGUCCGUCCAGGUGGAGGCUUUGUCCCUAACUUCCAGCUUUUUGAGAAAGGGGAUGUGAAUGGGGCGAAAGAGCAGAAGUUCUACACUUUUCUGAAGAACUCAUGCCCACCCACCUCGGAGCUCCUGGGCACACCCAGCCGUCUCUUCUGGGAACCCAUGAAGGUCCAUGACAUCCGCUGGAACUUUGAGAAAUUCCUGGUGGGGCCAGAUGGCAUACCCAUCAUGCGCUGGUACCACCGGACCACUGUCAGCAAUGUCAAGAUGGACAUCCUGGCCUACAUGAGGCGGAAGGCAGCCCAGGGGGCCACUGGGAAGUAACUGAUCCCUUCUGCUCCCCCUGUCCACCAUGCAGGGGCUCUUCAGGAACAAAUCCAUGUUUCCAGUCUAUCACACCGACCACAGACCCCUUACUACACAAAAGCCUAGCCUCUUGUACCCAUGUUGACACUUGUGAGUGCAUGGUUACCCCGUAGACAUGCAUCUGCCUGUGUGUCACCCAGAAACAUGGACCCUCUGUGCCCACAGCUGGGCUCUAGGCAGUGCUAGACAACACCCUUUUCUUUCCAGCUGUUCCAAUGAUAAUGUGUUUUACCAGAGCCCAGAGGAAAAACCAGUGGUAGGUCAAACUGUCCUAAUUCAAAUCUAGAUGCUAACCUUGGGGCUAGCAUCUGCCCCUGCCUUCAGAUGUUCCCGCUGAAGUUCCGAGAAGUUUCUAGGUCCCUAACAUUGGCCAGACUCCCUUCUCCUUCCUGAAGGGCCCUCCCAAGCUCCUUUCCUAUCCCAUCGUGCUCCUGAGAUCAGCCAAGGCAGCUGUGAGUGUGACAGCCACAUACCCUGUGACCCGAGGUGGUGUCUUCAUGAAGGCGGGGUCCGAAGCCCUUGUGGGCGGGCCUCCCCUGAGCCUGUCUGUGGGCCCAGCCUUUAGUGCAUUCAGGCUGAGGUCUCCAGGGCAGGGAUGCCACCCCAGCUCCUGCAGAGAAUGUGCCUCGUCCCUCACCCUGCCCACUGGCAUUUCUCACACCCGUCUACCUAGUAAAGGCCUUUCUGCAGCAGUUGAA